AUGUCGAAUGUACAGAUCAAUGGAACCUCUGAGCGGGUAUUGCCAAGCAAGCGCAAUCCUCUUCUUGCGCCUGAAAAGACACAACCUCACAGCGAACUCAUCGCGAAGCGCAGGCUAGGACAGACGAACCUAGCUGUAAAACCUGGACAAGUCGGAACCUCCAAUGCUACAAAGCCGGAAAACCUGGGACCUUUUGACUAUGCACACCUCCGCGCUCCCCUACCACGUAGUCUGAAGGGAUCCGAGAUAUUCGCGCCUCAUCAAAAUCAGCCGACGCCCGAGGUUUACUUCCUCAUGAGACGUAGCACUGAUGGCUAUGUGAGUGCGACUGGAAUGUUCAAGGCUGCCUUCCCAUGGGCGAAGCAUGCGGAGGAGAAUGCAGAACGCGACUACGUAAAGAGCCUGCCAUCGACGGCACAGGACGAGGUUGCAGGCAAUGUUUGGGUCUCUGAAUUAUACGCAAUUGAGCUUGCACAAGAUUACGGGAUAGUACCAUGGAUUCAUGCUCUCCUAGACGAAGCCCCAAUCUCUCAAGGCACAGACGACCCCGCGACGAAGGCCAUCUCUCCCCCACCGAAAUUCACGUUUACGGCAAAUGACAGGACUCUCCUACCCCCUCCCAACGGAACAACUGCUCGCGCCUCAACACCAAAAGCAAGAGGCAGACCCAGAGGGACUUCUCCUGCGAAGAACGCAAGUCCCGGCAAACCAUCUACGAAGAAGCCUAGAGCAUCAAAGGCCGCAAAAGAGGCAGACGCCGCAUCAGCGCGUGAGGCCAGCGCGUCUCUACAAGCUACCCUAGAUCAUACGGCGCCUGACGGUACGUCCACAGCAGAGCCAGAAUCAGCAGACGGCGAGAAUGUCAAGAUCCGUGUCGAGUCCAGCGUUGAAAUCAAGGGUGACACUGAGAGAGGAGAGACUACCACUGUGAACAUCGAAAUGCCCACGGGAUUUCCAGAAUUACCAUUGCCAGAACGUCCGGAGGAGAUGAUUGAGACAGCGAGAGCAAUGGUAGAAGAGGCCAGGAAGGCAGAUGGGGAGGGUAGCUCCUCAAAAGCGAAACGAAAGGCAGAGGAGAUGGACGAGGAGUCCGAUGGAUCUGCAGAUAAUGAACUUCAGCCCGCAAAGAAGGCUAGGCUCUUAGGGGAGGAAUUGAAGAAGGAGAAAGUGAGGACGCGAGCCUUACUUGGAGUUGCGGCUACAUUGGUGAUCGGAGCUAUAAUCCCACUUGUGCUGCCCGGCUGA